UUCGGUUGGCAACGUUAUUGCUUUGGAAUUUCCUUGUUUAUUUUUCCAUUUUUUAAAAAUUAUUUUCAUUUAAUUAUGAUUAAAUGGUUUCAUUUAUUUUGUUUUGCACUUGUGUUAUUAAGAAUUGAAAGUAAAUCAAUUAAAAGAAAGCUGCCAGCCUAUAAUGAGAAUAAAGAAGUAGAAUCGUGGACGGGCAAAUGGUUUCCAUUUCCACCAAACACACGAACUACAGUAAGUCCCGCAAGAAAAGAUGCAGAAAAUGAUAUUAUUAGUUCCUCAAACAGUUGUGAUGAUAAGACAUUAAUUGGCCGUGAUUUUAAUCCAAAUGAUAUACGUCAUUCUUACAAUUACCUCUGCCUUGCCAAUCGUACAAUGUUCACACCGAGCUUAAACCGUAAAGCGUUGCUCCAUGAGGAAUUCAUACCACCAGCGUAUAGACCUGCAAUGAAAUGUUUAAAUGAAACCAUAAGAUAUGAUGAUAAAAUACCCACUCAUGGCGCUUUUCGUUUAUUACCACCCAAAUAUGGUACUUAUCAAUUCCUGCCACCACAACGUUGGUUACGCAGUGUUGCAGAAGGUGCUAUAGUGAUGCUUUAUCAUCCUUGCGCUUACACAAAACAAGUCGAAUUAUUGCAGAAAACAGUUUCCAGCUGUAUGUAUCGACACAUUAUAACUCCCUCGUUAUUACUCAGUCCGGAACGUCCUAUGGCAUUAAUCGCUUGGGGUAAGAGUCUACAGCUGUCUGUAGUGGAUGAAAACAUGGUUGUUAACUUUAUAAAGGAGAAUGCUAAAAAGGGACCUAUGUCGAAUAAAGAUUUAAAUGAAACUUUCGAAUUGUAUGAAAGUGGACUUUUAACAGAAGCUCAUUUGGUGACCGAUGAAUCCGAUAAUGAAAUCUGUGGUUAUAAAGAAAUGUAAAAUAUCGAAUAUAUGUUUAUGCAAGUGAUCUGUUAAUUAGUGAUUUACUAGAAUUCGUACUUCCAUUGUUUAACAAAAUUUAUCUUAAAGAAAUCGAAUAUUUUUAGUUGUAUUUACAGA